ACUGGGGAACUUGCGGAGUGGAAGGGAUCUCGCAUGCGCAGAAAUUAAACGUCCAUGGAUCCAUGGAUCCAUGCUGCAUUUCCUCUUCUCAACUGAGUGUGCAUCGUGGCUAGUGCAUAUUUGCUUCUUACCUGCUGACGUGCACCAUGCGGGAGGCUUCAUUCCUCCGCUCCUGCGCCGUCGACACUAGUACGGUGUCUCGCAAAAGCCCCAUUGCCAUUUUCCUCGCCGUUCGAAAGCGAAGUCCCCCGUCCCGAGCUCCCUCUCCAUGGCCCAUAAACGUCGAGCACUUCAAGUGCCAUCAUCGAUCCCAGGCAGCUCAGGACGAACAGGCAGGAUUUGAAGCCUCCUUCUCUGUCGUUUACGUCUAUGGCGAAGCUCCCAGUCGCGGCCAAUCAAUUACGGACACACUACCAGUACCCACUCAAGGCCCAACCCACAAGCCGGCUGCGAAAAGAGCCCAAAAUCCCACGAGCAAGCGGGGGACUCGACAGGUGGUGGCUUUUCAUCGGGCAGAGAGUCAGCAGCCAUCGAAGGCCGCGGCCGGCUCACAAAAGGAGACUAUCAUGGGUGCCGUUAUAUUCCAAACUGAGUGUCACCGGCAACGAUGAAGCCAUAUAUCAUCGUCCAGCAGUGUCCGUUUCUCGUUUCCGUCGCAUUGUUAUUCGCCCACUCUAAGCACUAUACUGUUGAUAACAACGUGCAGAGACUGGUAGAUAAGGUUAAAGGACUGCGACUCGGAAUCGUUAUGGAAACCGUUUGAUGGAGCAUGUCGUGAAUUACCUGUUAUAGCAUUCGUGGUGAAUUCGGGUCACCGGAAUCAUGAAUCACUUCGAUCGAACCCCGAUCAUGAAUGACAUCAUUAGAAUAGGU